GAGAGAGAGAGAGAGGGGAGUUUAGGCAGUUUGAUCCAUGGAGGAUCGGUGGGCAAGCCUCCAUCAAGAAAUCUUGAUCCACAUCUUCUCUCUCCUCAACGACUUCCAAUCCUUCCACUCGCUCUCGCAGGUCUGUAGAUCCUGGCGCGAGGCCUCUCUUGAUUCCGCCUGUUGGGACCCCUUGCACCUGUCCGAUCACAAAUCUUUCAUCUCCUCAUUUAUCAAGGAAGAAGACAUUCUUGAUCCCAAUGUGAACCAGAGGACCUUCUUUCUGCUCAAACGUUGUGGAGGCAAUGUCAAGUCCAUCUCCUAUCGCUCAAUCGCCAACGAUUCCAGUCUUCAUCAAAUUGCAGAGAGGUGCCCCUUAUUGGAGUCUCUGUCUCUGCGAAACUGCGGUAGUGUUUCAAGGGAAGCUCUCUGUCAAGUGCUGAAAUCAUGCAAAGAAAUGAAGCUCUUGGAUCUCAGUGGAUGCAAUUGCUUAAAUGCAAAAGCCAUCCAUGAAGUUGAGGGACUGUGCCCUAAGCUCAUUGGGUUGAGAUAUGGAAGACACCUAGGGUUUUCUGGAGGACACAUAAACUUGGAAAUGGGACAAGCUAUAGGGAAGAGCUUCCCAAAUCUCAAAUGGCUUAACCUUAGGGGAAGUGGCAUUGAUAGGUAUGGUCUGCAAAGUAUAUUGGAGUCCUGCAAGGGGCUGGAGUACCUUAAUGUGAUGGGGUGUCCUAGACUCACUCAAUGCAGUACACUCACUGACAAGGUUGCAGACAUACUAGAGUUCAAGUGUUCAAAAAUCAGCAACUUCUACAACUAUGACCAUGAAUAUGACCAGGACUUUAAUGGCUUUGACCUUGGGUAUUCUUGAGAGAGAGAGAGAAAGAGAGAGUAAGAACUAUAUGUACAGGGAUGGAUGGUGAAUAAGAUCCCUUGUUUUUAGGUGCAUCAUGGAUUCUAUAGAUGCUCAUGUGCAUGUUUAUUUUGGUACAAAAGGAUAGGUAAAGUAGAUCUUAGGUUUUUAUUUUUGAGGAUGAUGAUUGAUGUACCUUCGAUGGAUCAAACUAAUCUCCACAGUAUUGGAGAUUUUUUUGGUGGGACUCAAACGGGUAACUUUCUGAGAAGAUUAUGGUGCUCCUGUUAAGCAAAUUGUACAUUUGCUUUAUGGGGAAAAAGAUGUGGUGCUCUUGCAGGAAUAAGUUGUGCAUUUGCUCUUGUGGGAAAAAUACAUACAUGUAUAAACAAUAAAGGAUCGGCUAGUUCCCUAACAAAACCGGCAAGUUCCGAUAUUUAGUGGGAAUUAAGACCGGUCCACCAAUUCUUAAUCCAGAUCAAGUGAUUUCAAUU